AUGAGAGCAAAACUGGAUGAAAAAUUUGGUGUCGAUGGCCUUUUGAUAUCUGAAUCUGCCCCUGUAGAUGAACAGUGGAGUGCAUACGCUAGCAGACUGCGUGGCUGUGCUUCAGAAGUCUUGGGAAAGCCUCAGAAGAAGCACCAGGACUGGUUUGACGACUCAGAUCCAGAGAUCAGAAAGCUAAUUAAUGAUUUCAGAACCUCUCUUCGCACCCCUGAUGAUAACAAGCGUAGAGCAGCACAUUACAAUCUGAAAGUGAAGGUACGUGCUCUCAAAGACAGUUGGUGGGCAAAUAAAGCAAAUGAAAUACAGCUAUAUGCCGACACACACCAAACGGGCAGAUUCUUUGAGUCCCUGAAAACUAUCUUUGGUCCAAGAGUUGGGAAGAUAGCACCAGUCUAUAACAAAGAUAAAAGUUGUCGGCUGACGCAACAGAGUGACAUCCUGUCUCGGUGGGCGGAACAUUUUAAUGACGUUCUUAAUCCUGACCAUCAGACAACCGAUAUUCCAUACAUAGAAGCACUUGAAGACCUGCCAGUUGAGGAACAACUUGCGGAUGCCCCUUCCUACAAUGAAUUCAUUUCAGCACUGGCUAAGCUGAAAAAUGACAAAACAGCAGGAUUAGAUAACUUGCCAUCAGAGCUAUAUAAAUAUGGGGGGCCAAACAUCAAGAAACCAUUGUUUGCUCUGAUCUUAAGGAUUUGGGAGUAUGAAAUGAUUCCACAAGACUGGAAAGAUGCUUGUAUUUCCAAGAUCUAUAAAGGCAAGGGUGACAUAUCAGGCUGCAGCUCCCACAGGGGCAUUUCUCUUCUCACAGUGGCAGAAGCACCCACCCAGUACACGCUGUCUGAGGCGAGUGGCAGCAGCAUCAGCUCCGGCUGUGUAAUGGCACCAGACCUGUCAGUCCUAUGCAGCCGACACUUUGAAAGUGUGCCUCAGUUACUGGGUAUAUUCUGUGCAGGCUUG